AUUCUUUUGAACUGUAAUUUGUAACGUUUUGAAUGAGUUGGUUGACGGAAUCAUUACGAAAAUUAACCAUUGUUUUGCAAUCUGCCAAAAACAAAAAAAACAUGGUUACUACACUUUUACUGUAAUAAAACCAUGGUUAAUUUUUGUAAGGGGAGUUUAUCGCGAGUUCAUUCAUUGUUUAGGCGAAAACUAGCAUUUCUCAAUAGUUGAGGAAUAUAUCUAAGCACAGUAAGUAGCCUGCUUAUUAGCUAAUACCCAUUAUUAUGCUUAAAGAAUAAUUCAUUAUUAUGUUCCUCCUGCAUUUUUAAGUAAAUAAACUUUCGUUAUGUAAUAACAGUUAUGCCGAUUUAGCCGGUGAGACUAUGGAUAUCUAAACGAACAAAUAUUUGGAUAUCAGGUUGAUACUUCAUGACCUUAACAUAAGGAAUUACUAUAUUUAAAAAAUAAUUUAUGGGUCUCAGAGAGCCAAGAUACAGUACAACAUGAAGUUUCUUUGACUGAUGCAUAUACACUGUAUCUACUGUGUUUUGAUUAAGUCAUAACAUUAUUAAUGAACUUGAAGGGAAAAUAAGAGGUUAAGUGCAAUCACGGCAUAAUUUAAAACAUCACCACAAACAUUAAAAAAAAACAGUAAAGUGUAACAGCGUCUAUUAAAAAUCCACAGUGUCUAUUAAACGUCCAGAUGGUUUACAGAUUGAGGACAUCGACCUUCAAGUUUUCCUUAGUGCUGGAUGACUCUGGAAUGGAGAGUCUCCCCAGGGAUCCUGACACUUCUCUUCUUGACUCCACUCAAGCAGAGGACAAAGAUGAAUGUAUCCUUUCCUCUGACACAUUCUGCUUAUCCCCAUCUCUGCAUGAACGAAAGAGUCUUCCCAUUGAUGAAAAAUCACCUAAGAGUCCCAAGAAUCCACAGGGCUGCUUUGACCCAUAUGACUCCUCAGAGGAAUAUGUUGGCGUUGUGACACUGCCAAUCCAAGUCCGGCAGAAAGCAGUGAAAAAAGGAUUUGUGUUCAAUCUCAUGGUUGUUGGUGAGUCUGGCUUAGGCAAAUCCACUCUUGUCAACAGCCUUUUCCUCACAAACCUCUAUAUGGACAGAUGCAUUCCUGAUGUUUCAGAGAAGAUAGCUCAGACAGUGUCAAUAACAAAAAGCACCGUUGACAUUGUUGAAGAGGGAGUAAAUCUAAGGCUCACUGUUAUUGACACCCCUGGUUUUGGAGAUGCCAUUAAUAAUAAUGAAAGCUGGAAGGCCGCAGUUCAUUAUGUUGACCAGCAGAUGGAGAAGUACCGCAGAGAUGAGAUCGGGCUGAACCGUAAAAACAUAACGGACAACAGAGUGCACUGCUGUCUGUACUUCAUCUCACCUCAUGGCCAUGGUCUCAAACCAAUUGAUGUGAACUUCAUGAAGGCCCUGGAUCAGAAGGUCAACAUUGUGCCAGUGCUGGCUAAAGCAGACAGCCUCACUCCAAAAGAGACACGCAAUAUGAAAGCCAAGAUUUUGACAGAGAUUGACAACUAUAAAAUCAAGAUCUUCCAGGUCCCAGAGUGUGAUAUGAAUAAUAAUGAUCCCUUCAGGCAGCAGGAUCUAGAGUUAAAGAGAAGUAUACCCUUUGCUGUUAUUGGGAGUAAUACAUUAGUAGAGAGAGACAGCAGAAGAGUUCGAGCCCGUGUCUAUCCAUGGGGUAUUGUAGAGGUUGAGAAUCCAUCUCACAGUGAUUUUGUUCAUCUGAGGAACAUGUUGAUCCGCACACACAUGCAGGACCUGAAACAUACGACUCACUAUGUGUUGUAUGAGAACUAUCGAAUAAACUGCUUGUGCAAGAACCCGUGCUUGGAGAAUGUGUAAGGAUUUGCCAGCUGGAUAACAGAAGAGGACAAUAUGUGUCUCACUGAAACUACAAGAUGGAAGAGAGAUCUUUAAUUUAAAAAAAAAUGCUGUGGGAGAAGGAGUUUUGACUAAAUUAUAUCAUAGAGAAUGACUGUUUUUAUUUUAAUAAAACUUUUUUAUUAUUAUUUAAUCAGUAAUUCUCCUGCUAAUGUAAUUUACCAGCCAAUACAUUAAUUUUAAAAUUAAUAUUGUACAUUUUUUAACACAGAAUAAAAACAGAGCAAUUACUCUGUCAAAUA